UAAUUUCGUAUCAACAGGCACCAAGGGAGUCGUUCUUCGCUAGGGAAAGAAAGACUCGAAGCGAUCUUCAUACAACAAUCUGCAGAUGGAGGUAGAAGGAUCAUCGAAGCCAAUGAUCGCAACACGACAAGAAAUGGUGGAAGCGAAGGUGCCCUUGGCCUAUAGAGACCAGUGCGCACACUUGCUCAUUCCACUCAACAAGUGCCGGCAAUCCGAGUUUUACCUGCCAUGGAAGUGCGAGGACGAGCGCCACACUUAUGAGAAGUGCGAGUAUGAGCUCGUGAUGGAGAGGAUGAUCCAGAUGCAGAAACUGAAACAAUCUAACAAGCAGGGGCAGGGCAAUUCCAUCCCUCUUAUCCCCAAAACUGCCAACGCUUAAUAGAUCCAACCCCAAUCGCAUCGUUCUUCGAGGGUUCAUAAAACCACAAAAAAACUUGGAGUUCUAGUGAUUGACGAUGCUGUUGGUUGGGAAUUUUCUUUGUUUUUAAAUGAAUUCAGCUUGAAAUGACUCAAAUUUAUAAAAAAAAACUGUUUUAUUAUGUCCUGUUUGAAAUGAUUGAUAAUAAACAUUUUUAUUUGUUUCUGAAUGGAUUUGUCAUUCAAAUGAAUCUUGUUUGAUGUUCAACAUUUCCGCAUUCCUUAAUAAAAUUAGUAGAGUGUUUUUGUU